CUUGGUGCCAGCCAAGCGAUUUGAAUGGGAUAACGACAUUUUUCCCGGCUGAACUAACUUUGAGAAAGAGAAAUCCAUUGCCGAGAAAAUUAAUAAAAUUCCAAAAAAAAAAAAAAAGAAAAAGAAAAAUGUUUGGAGCUGAAGCUAAUUGCAUUCCGAAAUGGGUUCAAUCAUCCAUUGCAAUUGCACCCAGAAACUGUAUUUCCAACUCUGGGAUUAGUUUAAUGAGUAGAAUUUCAACCCCACCAAGUGUUUCACUUCCCCAACCUUACUACUCUUCCUCUCUUUCCUCUCCAUUUACUCUGCAUUUCUCUCUAAACAAGCACAACACUAGAACCCUUACCUAUUUUCCUAUAAAUGCUUCCUCAAAUUCAGUUGGAAGUGCAGAAUACACUGAGGAAUCUGCUACCAAAGUGAAAUUUCAGACUACUUUGGAUUUACCAAGUUGCUCAAAUUCACUGACAUUGCUUGGAACUGGAUUCAGAGAAAAAGUUUUUGCAAUCAUUGGUGUGAAGGUCUAUGCAGCAGGAUUGUAUGUGAACUCUUCUAUCCUAAGUAAACUGAACUCUUGGAAAGGACUAUCAGCAGCUGAAAUUAAGGAAGACUCUUCUUUGUUCAGCACAAUUUUUCAAAGUUCUCUGGAGAAAUCAUUACAAAUUGUUCUUGUUAGAGAUGUAGAUGGUAAAACUUUCUGGGAUGCCUUAGAUGAUGCAAUUUCGCCAAGAAUAAAAUCACCUAGUCCUGUAGAUGAAUCUGGUUUGUCCACAUUUCGUAGUAUAUUUGAAGGACGACCACUGAAGAAAGGAACUUCUAUAUUCUUGACUUGGCUAGACCCAUCCAAAAUGCUUGUUAGUGUCUCAUCCAAUGGGCUUCCAUCCAGUGUUGAUGCUACAAUUGAAUCAGGAAAUGUUUGUUUUUCUCUUUUUGAUAUCUUCUUUGGAGAUGCUCCAGUUUCACCCUCCUUGAAAGAUUCAGUAGCCAAUGGGAUAGCAACGAUCCUCAAGUAGAUACCAAGAGUCAGUUUUUUUCAAAUUUAUUUUCUUUAUUUUGGUAAUGUUUGCGAUUCUGAUGUUGUAUGUAGUAAUUGAUACAUUGAGCUGUAUUUGUUUCCCUGUUGUAUAUGUGUAGGUACCUACUUUGGACUUGGAUCUGUAAUGCUUUGCAUAACUGCAAAGGUUUUUCACACUUUUAACAAUUUAAAUAAUAUCUAGUAAGAGUUGGUUUGCUGUAUUCUUCA